AUGACGAUGGCAAAAUUCCGGUUGCCUCAUCCAAUUACCUGUAGACACUACAAUGCAAGAUUGUUUCAUCAUGAAUCACGUGGCAUGUGUUGUAUUGGUGGAAAGGUAUCAUUUUCACGAGUUAAUGCUCCUAUAGAAUUGCAACAAUUAUUUUUAGAUGAUUUAGCUGAAAGAAAACAUGUUAGGCAACAUAUUCGAAGUUAUAACCAUGUGCUCUCAUUCACUUCAAUUGGUGUUCACGUUAAUAAGAAUAUUCUUGCAUCUGGUCGUGGUAUAUACACAUUUCGUGCUCAAGGUGCUUUUUACCAUAACAUAGGAGGUUUCUAUCUAAAUGAGGGUGUCAGGCCGCGUUUCUUACAACUAUACACCUACGACACCGAUAAUGAGCUACAUAAUAGAAUGCAGGAAAUCUACAGCUGCACCAAAAUGUUCAAGCAACUGUCACUACUUCCAAAUAUCAGUGAAUGUAGCCUCAUACUUAAGGAGUGUCCAAGUAAUCACCAUCAAUACAAUCUUCCAAUCGCAGAACAAGUUGCGACAAUUAUUGUUGGAUGUGAUGCAGAUUCUAUGGAAUAUGGAAGAGAUAUUAAUGUCAUUCGUCAUGAUGGAAAUCUCAAAAAAGUUCAAGAGACAAAGGGAUAUUAUGAUCCUUUGCAAUAUCCUAUAUUAUUUCCAUUUGGGACGCAUGGUUGGGACGUCAACACAACAAAUUGUAAUGGACGAAGAGUGUCAUGUCGAGCGUAUUACAGUUACAUGCUUCAGAUUCGUCCAAAUGAUCAAUCAAUGUUGUUAAAUGUGGGUCGACUAUUGCAACAAUAUGUUGUAGACAAUUAUGUCAAAAUUGAAUCGAGGAGGUUAAGGUGGAUUAAAGAGCACCAAAGUGAUAUACGUGCUGAAUUCUACCAAGGUUUACAGGAUGCUUUGCAUGUUGGUGAAACUAAUGCAGAAAACAUUGGAAAAAGAACAAUUUUGCCAUCAUCAUUUAUUGGCGGUCGUAGAGACAUGACACAACGUUAUGAAGAUGGCAUGGCUAUUAUUCUUAACGGCGGUAAACCAUAUAUUUUUCUAAUAAUGACAUGCAAUCCUUCUUGGAGUGAGAUAACAUCAGAACUUUUAUCUUUUCAAACCCCACAAGAUCGUCCAGAUUUGCUAACAAGAAUAUUUCGUUCGAAAUUUUAG